AUGAAGGCACUGUUGCAGGGGCCGCAGCUGCCACCAUUCCUGUCCAAGACGUACGAUCUCGAAGGCGAGCCGCAGCUGGACGGGGUCAUCUCCUGGGGUCCUUCGUCGUGUGGAAUCCUUCCACCUUUGACCGGGACGUGCUCCCGCACAACUUCAAGCACAAGAAGUUCUCCAGCUUCGUCAGCCAGCUCAACACCUACGUGUGUAUCGUAUCACUGUCCAAUCCUCUGUUCUCAUCUUUCUUUUCUUUUACAAUCUCUCACUGGAUUAUUAUUCAUGAUGCCGUCCUCUGCUGGGGAGGCACUCUGUUUCUGUUUGGUAUCUGGCACUCUGUUUCGGAUGCUCUAUUUUUGGUUUUGUUCCUUCUGGUUUCUGCUGAUGUACUCAACCCAAAUCUGUUGUGUGUAUAUAUAUAUAUAUAUACUCUUUGUACUUCCCUUCAUACUUUUAGUGAGAGGAGUUGUGGUUUGUAAUGCCAAUUUGGUGUUUCUUUUGUUAGCGGAAUCGUGGUCUGUAAUGCCAAUUUGGCCUUUCCCGAAAGAACUGGUUUAUCUUCAUCACUGA